AACCCUAGUCGACUGAAGCAACACUUGCUCCUCUUUAAAUUGCGAAACCUCUCGCAUUCGCCUUCCUCUCUAUCAUUCCAUCUCUCUCUCUUUUCUCUCAAGUCGGCAAGAGAGAACCUCUUGAGCUUCUUCUAUCUCAGACUUCACUCAUUCAUCAUGGGUAAGGAAAAGUUUCACAUCAACAUUGUGGUCAUUGGCCACGUCGACUCCGGAAAGUCGACCACCACUGGCCACUUGAUAUACAAGCUUGGUGGUAUUGACAAGCGUGUGAUUGAGAGAUUCGAGAAGGAGGCCGCUGAGAUGAACAAGAGAUCCUUCAAGUAUGCCUGGGUGUUGGACAAGCUAAAGGCUGAGCGUGAGCGUGGUAUCACCAUUGAUAUUGCCUUGUGGAAGUUUGAGACCACCAAGUACUACUGCACUGUCAUUGAUGCUCCUGGACAUCGUGAUUUCAUUAAGAACAUGAUCACUGGUACCUCACAGGCUGACUGUGCCGUCCUCAUUAUUGACUCCACCACUGGAGGUUUUGAAGCUGGUAUCUCUAAGGAUGGGCAGACCCGUGAGCACGCUCUGCUUGCUUUCACUCUCGGUGUCAAGCAGAUGAUUUGCUGCUGUAACAAGAUGGAUGCCACCACUCCCAAGUACUCAAAGGCAAGGUAUGAUGAAAUUGUGAAGGAGGUCUCUUCCUACCUGAAGAAGGUUGGAUACAACCCAGACAAAAUUGCCUUUGUCCCCAUCUCUGGAUUUGAGGGUGACAACAUGAUUGAGAGGUCCACCAACCUUGACUGGUACAAGGGUCCUACCCUCCUCGAGGCUCUUGACCAAAUCAAUGAGCCCAAGAGACCCUCAGACAAACCCCUCCGUCUGCCCCUUCAGGAUGUUUACAAGAUUGGUGGAAUUGGAACUGUGCCAGUGGGACGUGUGGAGACUGGUGUCAUCAAGCCUGGUAUGGUUGUGACUUUUGGCCCUACUGGUCUGACUACUGAGGUGAAGUCUGUUGAGAUGCACCAUGAGGCUCUCCUGGAGGCUCUUCCUGGUGACAAUGUCGGAUUCAAUGUUAAGAAUGUUGCUGUCAAGGAUCUCAAGCGUGGUUUUGUUGCAUCCAACUCCAAGGAUGACCCCGCCAAGGAGGCUGCUAACUUUACCUCCCAGGUUAUCAUCAUGAACCACCCUGGACAGAUUGGAAAUGGAUAUGCUCCAGUUCUUGACUGCCACACCUCCCACAUUGCUGUUAAGUUUGGUGAGAUCUUGACCAAGAUUGACAGACGAUCUGGAAAGGAGAUUGAGAAGGAGCCCAAGUUCUUGAAGAACGGAGAUGCCGGUAUGGUUAAGAUGCUUCCCACCAAGCCCAUGGUUGUUGAGACCUUCUCCGAGUAUCCCCCUCUUGGUCGUUUUGCUGUGAGGGACAUGCGUCAGACUGUUGCUGUUGGAGUUAUCAAGAGCGUUGAGAAGAAGGAUCCAUCAGGUGCCAAGGUCACCAAAUCUGCUGCUAAGAAGAAGUGAGAUCUGCCUAUGAAGUCAUUAGCUAGUCUAGUUUUGAUGCACCUUUCAAUUUGAAUAUUUGAGUUUUGUGGACACCAUAUGAAACUUUUGCCUCAUAGUCCUCUAGCCUUGGUUGGAGAAGUUGAGUACCUAGAUGUAUUUCUGGGUGCUUGGCAGGCUGUGUUGCCGUCUUUUAAAUUUCUGUGUUUUCGGUUAUACAUUGAGGUGAGUUGUGUAGUUGCUUGAUGAACAGCUUUCUUAAUGUUGUAACUUUUUAUAUCUAAGACUUAUCAUUUAAAAUC